AUGUCAGCAUUUUGGCGUGGCAAUGGAAGUAGUGGGGUGGGAUCUUCUGUCAUGUCCGCAGAAAAGGAUCUGGCCAAUGACAUUGUAAUAAACAACCCUGCCGAGGACUCUAUAUCGGACAUUGCGUUCUCGCCACAACAAGAUUUUUUGUUUAGCGUCAGUUCCUGGGACAAGAAGGUUCGCGUUUGGGACAUCAAUGGCGGGACGGCGCAAGGAAGAGCAGAAUAUCAACACCAAGCGCCCGUGUUGGCCACGAGGUGGUCUGGGGAUGGAACAAAAAUCGCUUCUGGCGGAUGCGACAAUGCCGUCAUGGUGUUUGACGUAGGCUCAGGGCAGGCACAGCAGGUCGGGGCGCACGAUGCGGCGGUUAAGGCGCUGAGGUUCGUGCAGUGUGGGCCUACCAACGCUGAGUGUCUCGUCACGGGGUCUUGGGACAAGACCGUGAAAUAUUGGGACUUGCGCCAGCCGCAGCCGAUUUCUACUCUCAUGAUGCCUGAGCGGGUGUACUGCAUGGAUUCCAAGCAGAAGCUGCUUGUCGUUGGUACAGCAGAGCGCCACAUUGUCGUGAUAGAUCUUAACAACCCAACCUCGAUUUUCAAGACCACCACGUCGCCGCUUAAGUGGCAGACCCGUUCCGUGGCCUGUUACAUCGAGGGUAACGGGUUUGCGGUGGGGUCUAUUGAGGGCAGGUGCGCCAUUCAAUAUGUGGACGAUCAAGAACAGCGGAAGUCCGGGUUCUCGUUCAAGUGCCAUCGUGUGCAGCAACAAAGCACAGGCGCCGCAGGCGGGCGAAGCAGCACGGAGUCUCAGGUCUAUCCAGUCAAUAGCAUCGUGUUCCAUCCGGUCUAUGGCACGUUUGCGACUGCUGGCGGCGACGGCUCCUUCCACUUCUGGGACAAAAAUCUCAGACAUAGACUAAAGGGCUUCCCCUCGCUCAAAGCCUCGAUUCCUGUGUGCAACUUCAACCGGAACGGCUCCAUAUUUGCCUAUGCUCUUAGCUACGACUGGAGCCAAGGGCUCAUGGGAAACCGUCCGGACUAUCCUAACGUCGUGAGACUUCACGCCGUGACAGAUGAAGAAGUUAAAGAGAAGAAGAAGAGGUGA